CUAAAAGCGAGUGACGAUCUCACAAAGCAAAAAUUUUACGGUCUUGCACGGUGCGGUAUUAAAAUAGUGACUAUAAUAACACCUGAAAAAUAAAUAAAAUGUCGGCAGUGGUAGACAGUGAAACGUUUAAAAAACGCAAAUUAAUUUUGUGUAAAUUCAUGAAUGGAAAUGUCAAAGAAGACUCUGAGGAAAAACUGAAGUGUAGAGUUCUCCAUCGAUCUAGUCAAUCUGAUCUUAAAACAAAAGAUCAGAAAAUAAUGGUUUCUGAGUCAGAAGAUAUGACAUAUAUAGGAAAGAACUUUGGGAGAUAUCGUUGUAAUCCUAAUCGUACAAUCAAACAGUAUGUUGGAAUAUAUGAUGAGAAGUCUGGAAAGAUGAGAAUAUGUGAUGCUGAAAUGUUUCAUAUGAUGCCACAUGUCCCAGGAAGAGAUGAUGAUGAUACUCCACUGCCUCAACAUAAUUAUGUUCAGAAGCUGGGAAUGUUAACUGAAGCAUUUGGAAGUAAAUGGAAGAAAUCAGCAUUGGAGAAACAACAAAGAAACAUGAUAGAUGAGGGGACAAUGAAGGACCAUCUAGCUGCUGAUAUACACCAUGGAAAACAACAGGUGAAACUUCAUCAGCUGCAGAAAGAAGAAACAAAAAACACACAAUCAGUGUUAGAUGUGAUACCUCCAUGCAAUAAAAAUGCUGAAAAUGUUGAAGAUGUCUAUAGUCUCUCAGACAUUUUAUCAGAAAUUGACAUGGAUUCUCUACAAUCUCCUGCUGCAGUGUUCUUUGACAGUACACCAGCACAAAUCAAAGAAUGGAAAGAUAACAAAACGUAUCCAGCAUAUGUUUUAAGUCAUGUAUCAAGCAUGUCUUUAGAUCCGCUCAUUCGCUGGGAGAGGUCAAAGUGUCUUAUAUAUUUGUAUUAUAUGAUACAUUUGUACAAGUUAUCACCGAAAGAACUCAGACAAAAAGACCCUUUUCCAAAAGAUUGUCCAGGAAAUAUGAAGAGUAAACUGUCUGAAAACUUCACAAAACAAGCAGUCAAGACCAGAUGUAUGCCGAGUCGUUUAAAGGAUAGGUUAGCAGCUUAUAUCCUCACUUUAUGUUUGCUGAUAGAUGAAUUUUCUGUUGAACUUAUUGAUCUCAUGAAGGAUAUGCAGCUAGAAAGAAGCAA